AUGAAUCUCCAAAAAAUUAUAUUUGACGACCUCGAAAAUUUACACUCAAAAUUAGACACUCUCAUCAGAUAUUCCAAGAAUGGUUUCCGUUUGGCAAAUGUACUUACAUUUCGUACUGAGUUGAAGUUAUUUCAGGACUACUGCCAAAGAAUCCUGGGACAGAUUGAACUAUGGAUAAUAAACUUUUUGUACACCAGUAGUCCGUAUAAAGAAAUUAGUUUUUGGAUUGAAGAUACCAGUGAUUUUGGAAACUCUUUUGAGAGUUUCAUAAAGUCACUCGCUAUGUUGCAGAAUAUUAUUGAAUCAUCAUACAAACUCAUUUUUACUACAAACAUAAGUGAUGUGAUAUCAUUUGAUAAAGCGCAGCAGGAACAAAUGUAUUCUUUCGAAAAUAUUCAAGAAAGAAUCAAUUCUCUACAUUUAGAUUAUUUUUAUGAAAAGUCUAAAACCGAUGUGAUUAGUUCAAAUAGAAGGCGAUUUCAUCUUCAGUAUACAAACCUGAUAGAAGCAUUGGAUUUGCACGAUAACUACAGUAGUUCUCCUAACUUGUUUUAUGGAAAUAAGAACUCAACAAAAAACUCCGAAAUAGAUUUACAGUACGAUGGCUAUAUUUCUAAUCUUAAUUCUGAUUUAAAGAAUAAAAAUGAAAUAUACAAUAAAAAAGAUAUGAUAGUUAUUCAAGCUAAUCAUAAACAAAGAGUAUUCAACAAUUUAUUAGAUCAUCUAACAUGUUAUCAAUGUGUUUUAUUACUCAAAGAUAUUCAUCUAAAAUAUAUACCUUGUAAUUUAAUUACAUCUUAUAAUGUUAAUUAUGUGCAUCACAAUUUAAAUUUACUGAGAAAUGAUGAGAAUAAUUAUAUAGGCAAAUUUAUUAUUACCAAUAAUACUGAAGCAUUUAGCAAACAUUCCGAAUGCCUUUGUUCAAUGUUCGUAAAAUUGGAUAAAAUAUUUAAGAGUUUGAAAGGUAUACAAUAUAACUGUAUGAUUGGUCUAAAUAUGGAUCCGACAGAUUUCUAUUCACCUGUAGAAAUGUAUACAACCGUUUUAAAUAUAACAAUCGGCAUUGAACACGCAACGCAUGCAAAGAGGCGCAACAGUAAUAAAUGUCAUGAAAAAUAUUACAGUACAAGUCCAUGUCAUUUUAUUUCAUACUAUCGCAGUGAAUUAAUUAUAACUAUUCAAAGCAAAUCACAUUUUUUGAAGUGUACUGGAAAGCAACUGGUUAAUUCAGCCAUCUCACAGGAUGAAAACGAAUUAAUUCAUAGUGAACAAAGCCAACAAGUGAACAAUGGGUGUUCCUAUAGAACAUCUGCUUAUUUCAGUUGGUUUAGACAUCAUGUGAUUCCUCUCUCUUUGGUUGAUGAAACUUGUGCAUCUAUUAAUGAUGAUAAUGAUCUCAAUACAAGAAAGUGGGAUAUGUUUAUUAUCUGGCAAGGUCAACUAAAUACACCACAUAAUGAUGAUCAAAUAAAUUUUGAACAGUUAGAUAUUUCUUUUGAUCAUACAAACAAGUCUGUAUCUAUGGCAUCUCUCCAUAUGAAUCCUAAUACCUCACAAAUAGAUGAAGGUGAUACUUCCGUUGUUGCUUAUGAGGAUAAUGAAGAUGGUGACAACACUGAAAAUGAUAUUACACAAAUGAAUGAUAAAUUUUCACCAGUUUCAACUAUUUCAAAUCUCCUACACAUUGACGAUAAUAAAUAUUAUGAAGAUUCGGCUUAUCAAACAUUGUAUGCUGAUGAUAAUAUCGAUCAUAUAAAAUGGGAUACACAAUCUAUUAUUGAUUCUCAUGAAACAUUUGGUAUUUUAUCAGAGGUAUCUUCUAUGCAGAUAAAACAAAUUCCAAUUGAUCAUGAUUCUGACAAUACGGAUAAUAGUGUUGUCUGUAUGAAAACUAAUUUACCAAGAACUGAUGAAUAUGACGAUGUUAUUAAUAAUAAUAAUAAUAGUAAUAUUAAUGAUAAUAAUAAUGAGGAAUUGUCCAUCCUAUCAGAAGAACCUGAACUCCACCAUAAUGUUGAUUGUUGUAACUCAUCUCAGUCUGAUUACAAUGUAUUGGAUUCAAUAAGAAGUUCCCUAUACAAUAUAAAUGAUACUAAUAAUAAUAUUAAUCACAUUAAUAAUAAUAGUAACAAUACAGACGAAAUGGAUUCAAGAGAUAAUCACAUGGUGGAAUGUAAUAAUCAUCAUGACUUAAUGAAUAAUGAAAAGUCAUCAUUUAUACAAUUUAAUUUCAUUAAUUCAUCUCUUACUCAAUUGGAAUAUAAAUUAAGUCGUAUUUCAGUGGAACUUGAAGAAAUGGAAACAAACGAACACCUUAGUGAUGAAUAUAUCAAAGAAAUUGACAAUAUUUUUCAAUUAUUACUUUUGAUUAAAAAAGAUACUUCACAAAUUGAUUACAUAAUAUCAAGUUGGAAUAUGGAUAGAUGUUUAUCAGAGAGUGGUAAUUAUGUAACUCCUAGUACUAUAACUAUUUUAUAUAAUGAGUAUACUGAUCUAUCACAGUUAACUGGAAAAGUAGAACCUACGUUAGAAAUAAGUCCAGAAGAGAAUUAUCAGGGUCAUAUUGCUACACGUUUAUCAACAUUGAAAUGUUUACGUGUUGACUUGAUGAAACGCUGUGAUAGGUUGGUUGAACGCCUAGAGAAGCAAACAAGCAAUUCUGCAGUAAAUAUAAAUGAAGAACUUGAUUUUAUCAGUCAGAAUUUAGUUUCACUUGCUCAUAAACUUGACGAUCCUGACAAUAAUGACUCAUCAAAUGAUACUGGCCCGUCAACAAUUGCCAAUAAACUAGAGAAACGGACUACCGAUUUACAAGAAAUUCAAAAAGAAUUUGCAUAUAUUGAAGAGAAUUUACAAAGGUUAAAGUGUACACCAGCAACGGAUUCACUAUCUUGCAAAUCUAUUGCCAAACUUGAUUGUAUUGAAAGUGAACUAAAUGACAUGCAAAUUAAUUUACGAAACCAGAUAAUAUAUUUGAAUAAUUUUCACGAACAAUACAGUAAUUUAACAACUGCUCUUCAAGAAGAAUUCAGUUGGAUGAAACAACAAGAGAAUGACGUAAAUCUAAAUAUACAGUCAGAAUCAAAUGGUUUACAAGCGAAUAAUAAUUAUGAUAAUAAUACUGGCCAUCUAGAACAAGAUAUCACUGUUUUAUACAAUCUUAUUGUCAAAUUAUCACAAUAUUAUCACCAUAAACUUUUACCAAUGUUAGAAAAUUAUGAUAAAUUAAUGAGCGAUGGUGUUAGACCACCAGGAAUAAUUACAUCCAUAUACAAUGCUGAAGAUAAUGUAUACCUAUCAGUGAAUAUUCUUAAUUUAUGGGACAGAAUAACUAAAGAGUUAAUGACAAGAAAAUUCCAUGAAUUAAUCACUAGAUCAUAUGAACAAAUAACUAGAAACUUAACAUCAACUUUUCGUUGUCUGCCGACUUUACAAUCAUUUGAACUUUUAUUUCCAAAUGGUAAUUUACCCAACUCGAAUUCUCUUCAUUGUCACGUAAAUAUCAUUUCAGAUCAUAUCAAUAUUAUUCAAGGUGAAAUUGACUGGUUGCAUAAAUAUAUUGAACCAAUCAUUAUGAAUGAAGAUCGACUUAAUUUAUUUACAGAUACUAUUACUAAUACUACUGAUACUACUAAUAUUACUAAUAAUGAAAAUAAUAUUGGAAUCAGUGAUCAAAUUGUAAAAUUCUAUGAAGUUAAUCAACAUCUAACACAAUUACUUAGUUAUUUUACACAAAUUUAUCAACAAUUAUCUGUUUUCUACAUACCGACUAUGGACAGAUAUCAUCAGACAAUUGAUCAUGCGUUGACUUACAUUAAUACUAUUCAAAAUCAAGUAGAAUUACUUCGAGAACUGGCAAUAUCUAUCAAGGUUAGUGAUAAGGAUGAUAAGGAGGAUUGUGAAAGUACUAAUUACGACGAUGAACAAAAUGAGAAUGUAGAAUGUGCUCUAAUUACUUAUGAAAGGUUAGAAAAUCUAUGUACUGGAAAACAACAGUGUUUGGAACUAUUGGAAAAUGUUCAAAAUAGUCAUCGAACUAUUAUUGAUGAACUUGUAAAUAUGGUCAAACAAAUUCAAAUUUCAAUUGAUGAAGUGAUAAAAUCCACUGACAACAGUCAAGAUUAUUCAAAGACGAUGACGUCAGCAACAACAAUACCAGUCAACACAAUAACGACCAGUACUUAUUUGUCAAAAUUACUGGAUCCUAUUGAAUCAACAUCACAAAGAUUUCUGUAUUUUAUUUCAGAAAUUCAAAAGAUAAUCUCUGAAUAUGACCAGUUGAUUAGUCAUACAAGUACAAGACAAAAGUUAGUGCCUCAAGAAUUAUCUGUAAGUGAGAAUGUACGGGAUACAUUAGAUAUACAUGAUUCGGAAUUGUUUCAAGACGCUUGUAUACCAUCAGUUAAUAAUUAUCAACACCAUUUUAAUGUAUUCGACAAACAAUAUGAAGAAUUAUUAAAUGAAUCUUUGACAAAUUCUUGGUCAGUUGUUCGUGAUCAUUUCCAUUUGAAUGAUGAGAAUCAAUUGGUGAAUGGACAAACAUUACUGGUCAAUAAUUUAUCUCAAACAAUGAUUCACAGUUGUGAUUCAAAUGAAAGACGUAAUACAGAAGUAGUAAUUCUGAACAAUAUCUUAAAAAAAAUAGAUAGUUUAGAAAAUAAUCUUAAAUUAUCCUGUUGUAAUAUAAUGAAUGAUGACCUGGUAAAGAAUAGGAUGAGUCAAGUGAGCGAAUUACGGUCUGAUGUAACUGACAAAUUAAAUCAAACAAUUAAGGAAAUUGAACUAGUGCGAAUGAGCAGUCAACAAAUAGAGUAUGCUCAAGCAAAGUUGAAUGCUCUAAAAUCUACAUUUAAACAAUCAGGCGAUUUAUUUCAACAUAGCGUAAUCUUUCAAAACGAGGCUGAAUUGGUAACUAAUAUAUUUGAAACAUGUGGUCAUUUAAUUAAAAAACGAUUAUCUGAAACAAAUCAAGUAAUUGACAAGCUUCAAGAAUUAACUGAUGAAACAAAUUCUACUAAUCCAGGUCGUUAUUUACUACAGAAUUUUAACUUUGAUGAUGAAAAUGACAUAUUUCCAUCUGAAAUCGCGCAUAUCAAAAAUAACCAAUUGAUAGAUUCAAUAAAUUCUGAACAAAAUACCAUAUCUCUAACAUAUUUUAAUAUUCCUUUAUGUUAUGAAUUAUCACAACGUCUUGCUAUAUGGUUAUCAGUAAUACAUCCUAGAAUGACCAAAUUGAAAGUGAAAUUUCAACACCUAAGUGUUAAGUCAGCUAAUUUAAGUGGCAAUAAUGAUCUGUGCUCACAUUUACAUGAUGUAACCCUGUAUCGACUUGAACUUUUCUCUCAGCUACCAAUGUUUCAGUGUAUCCUCAAUGACUUCAAUGAAUUCAAAGAUGUAAUAUUCCAUUUAAGUGAAGACUAUACAUCAGACAAUAAAAUCGAUCGUAUUGAACAAACAUUUUUCGCCUGUUUCAAUAAAUGUAAAUAUGAAACUUCAUUAAAUGGAUCAGUUAUUCAUUACACUGAACAGAAAAUAAUGACAAUUAUAAAUGAUUUUAAUAACAUUCUUACAGAAUCAUCUGUUUAUCUAUCAGCUAUAAGAAAUCGACUCAUUGAAACAAAUCAGAUUUCAACAGUUCUAAAUGAAUUGUCAAAUUUGCUAGAUGAAUUCAGUUGUUUAGAUGAGAGAUUUGUAAAAGAUUGUUUGAUAAACGAAGAAGAAUUACCUGUUCAUUUAAAAAUUCUAGAGAUGUGGCAUAAUGAAUUAAAAUCUAUACAAACUCUACUUAAAACUAUUUCAAAUGAUCGUUGCUUCGAUACUGUUACUGCUAAUAAUAAUAAUAAUAAUAAUACUGACGAACUGAAGAUCGAGAUUGAUGUAAAACAAUUGAAACUGAAAAUUGAACAACAAUUUUACCAUUUAACAAAAAAGAAAACUGAACUGACCAAUAAAAUAAAUCAGGAAAAUAAACUACAAUCUUCAAUUACUGCUUACUCUGUUUGGUUAAGUCAACUGAAUGAUAAGUUAAUAAAACUUGCUAAACCAAAUAAUUUAACGUUGGAUACAGUGAACAGUACGUGGAAAGAAUUUAAGGAUUGGAAUUUAAAAUCACUCAAUGAAAACAAAUUACGUUUAAAUAAUUUAAUAAAACAAUUACCUAAUUCAAUAUUCAAUGAUAUUUUUAAACAAGACAAAACUUUAUUCACAAAUAUUGAAGAUUACAUUUUCAAUAAUAUGAAUAUAUUCAAUGAAUUAUAUCAUCAAAAUUCAUUAUUAUCAUUAAGAAACAACAACAAGAUUAAAUCUCAUUUAGAAUUAACUAUUCUACGUAUAUUAAGACAAUAUAUAAAAUUUCAGUUACAAAGUAUGGAAUCAAUGAAAUUAUGGAAAGUUCAUUUGAAAUUUAUAAAAUACUUUAUCAUAAAUAGAAAACAAUUACAAUUAUUAUUUAAUGAAAUUCAUGGUAGUUUAUCAAAACUUUAUAGACCAUCAAAAUUAGUUGGAUGUUGUACAGAACAAUUAAAUAGUGUAAAGAAUGCUAUUCACCAACUGAAAACACAUGAAAGAUUAGCAAUUAAUCUUUAUAAUUCUCUACCAUUAAUCAAAUCUCUAUGUCAUCCUAUAGAAGUAUCACAAACAGUAGCCACUAUUAAUACAAUGAAACACAAUUUUACAAGUCUCAUGCGUCGAGCAAUAGAACGGCGAAAAAUUCUUACUCAAGCAUUGAAAGAAGAUACUAAGUUUGAUGUAGCGUAUUAUAGUUUAUUAAACUGGUUCUUAACCAAACUGGAGAUACUUGAGGCCUUUGAAACACGUACAGUAUAUGAUGAAAACAGUCAGUUGACACUUAAAACUUUGCAUAGAGAAUUUCAUGAACAACAAUCGGAUUAUCAUUUGGUGAUGAGAAUGGGCAGUAAUCUACGUGAACGUUGUACAUGUACAGAUCCAGAAAAGAAUAUUCUAAAUGAGAUGCUUGAAAAACUUCAACUUGUCAAAGGAAAUUAUGGGAAACGUCUGUCGAAGUGUCAAAUUCAACUUAGUGAAAUGUUAAUUACAAAACGGAAUCCUAAAUCCGCUCUAUCUCGCUUAAAUGAAUGGCUACAAAUGAUCGAAGAACAUUUAGGCAUUGAAAAUACUCUUAACAUUAAACAUACUACUAAUACUGAUACCACUAGUGUCAGUAGUUCUAUUAAACCACCAGGAAAUGAUCAAAGUGAAACUGACAAUUCAAAUCACUUAUUAUCAACUAAUGUUACAGGAUUGUUGGAUAAUUUAGCUAAUCCAGCUCAGUACACGAUGACUAUUUUCAACCCUAAAGAGUAUGAAAACAUUGCUUCUGUUUUGGGUGAUAUAAUUUUCGUUCAAUCAUUAAAUUCAAAUCAUUUGAUCUUAGCUGAAGAUUUACGAGAACAUGAAAAAUUAUAUCAGAUACUUGUAGAAAAUGAUCACAACAAUAAUGAUGAGUUCAAUAAACUUACAUAUCGUUUUAUACGAUUAAAACAAGCGUUCAAUCUACGUGAAAAAUGUCUUCAAAUCGCUGCCGAUGCUGCCUUAGAACUAAAUAAGAACUAUUCGAAUUUAAUUAGUUGGUUAUUAGAAGUAACCAAUAAAUUGAAUAAUAACGAAAUUGAACUUGCUUACGUUACUAAAAAUAAGGAAACUGUCUUACAAAAACAAACAUUGUUUUUCCACUCCGCUGAUCAAUACAAAAUUAGAUUGAAUAUGUACGCAAAAAUACAUCAUCAACAAAUUCACAUAUAUCGACCAAUAUUUAAUCACUUUGAAAUUGUAUUAAAACGUGUACUUGCUAAACCACAAGUAGAUAAACAUGAAGAACAGAAUGUUUCUGUUUACUGUUACUCGAAAUGUCGAAGGCAAUUCAUUAUUCAAUAUAAACAAAUUGUGAAUUUAUGGCAUAAACUCGAUCAAAGUUUACAAUGUUUGCGACUUCAACUAUUGUCACAACAACAAUCGGAACAUGCACUCAUCCAUGAUUUAAUUGAAUUCGAAUGUGAAGAACAAUGGGUUGAUGAACAAACACUACAACUGAAUGAAGCAUUGACAAUAGAUGAAACGAUUUUCCAAAAUCUAUCUAAACAAAUAAUUCCAAUUGACUUGAUUGGAUCGACUGUGGAACAAGAUACUCAAAUAUUGGCGAAUAAUAAUUGUAGUAAUGGUAAUACUAGUUUAGUUUUGGAUUCAGAAUGUGAUCAUGUGAUUCAUAAUACAAAUAGUUGUGAAUUGAAAGAAUGCGUUUCUGACUCAGUAAAUCAUGGUGAUCAUGAAGAUGAUGACGAUCAUAAUGUUGCGGAUGACCAUGACUAUGAUAUUGAUGUUUCGUCUGAUGAGGGAAUAUGUAAAGAUUUAGAAGUGCGAAUCACUUUUGCAAAAGAAAACUUUGAAGCCAUAAAAAAUAGAGAACAGAAAAUCUGUGAUUGUAUGAAUGCUUAUCGAAACCUUUGUGAAAUUAUUACUGAUAAUGGAAACAGUAGUAUAAAUAAUCUCACUUCUAUUGAUGUUACUGCACAAUAUUCACCAAGAAAGGAAAUGGUCAAUGAAAAUUAUAAUAAUGAUUAUUCCUACUCACCUUUUACUACCGUUGCUGAUCAGGAUAAUUGUGAUAGAGCAAACAGAUUGAAAACUUCUUAUUACAAUCUAUUGAAUCGAUCUAGUCAACGAAUUAAACAAUUGGAAUGCUAUCAUAAAAAAUUACUUGAGCACAAUCUUUUAGUUCAUUUCAACUUCGAUCUGUGGAAGCAGGGGUACUUACAGUGGAUUGCAAAUCGUCAUUAUCGACUAAGCGACAUAUUUAACCCCAAAGCCUUAUCGGCAUUACGAACUGACAGACAGCUAUCAAACAUAUCCACCAAUACAGAUGAAGUGAAUUCUGAUUUAUUCAAACGUCCAACACGAUUAUCUAAUGUAUCUUCGAUUUCUCAGUCAGUUUAUACUUCGUCUAAUAGUAUCAAACCUCAAUUAUCUAACAGUCGUUCAUCUCUCAUCCGAUCGAGCAUCGAAUCAUUACAACCGCUCUCUGAUAACAAACAUAAACAAAAUGUCAGCCAUAAGCCAGAUGAAGUAAACUGUUCACAAUUUAUACAAGCAGUUCUACAUGGUAGACCAACACAUGAUUGGGCAAAUCCUAUUUUCAUCAAGUCUGCAUUUUAUACAAUUGACCAAGCAAAAAAGGGCAUAAUUACAUGUCAUCAGAUUAUUGAAGCAUUAAGUCCGAAAAAACAGCAUAAACCUCUACCAACUGAUAAAUUAAUUGAACAUGCAAUAGAACAAGAAACUAGUAAAUGUGUUUGUCAACCAAAAUUUCAACCGAGAAAAAUUGGAAAGGAUCGAUAUUGUUUUGGAUCCAGUUCACGAGUUUACUUGGUUCGCUUCUUGAAUAGUACAACGAUUGUGCGAGUAGGAGGUGGAUGGAUGAGUUUAAAUGAAUUCUUGGAUUCACGUGAUCCAUGCAGAAUUACCCAUAAAACAAGUCAUUUUGGUAGUACAUCUAUAAAGGCUAAUCUGAUGAAUACAAAUUCCACAUCAAAACGUGAAAGUAAUUUAGGAUUAAUUAAUGUAACUCCAAUUAAUAAAUCACGUCUUACUACACUAAACAAUAUGAACUCGAAAGAACAAAGAUCAUUUGUAUCAACUCCUUUAACAAGCAAGGACUGUGACAUGAAAUCACUGAAUUCAUCAUAUGAGAAUGAAGCAUCAAUCCAUAACAAUUCUUCAUUACUAAAACAAACUGUUCCAACGAAAACUACCAUCUUCAACAGGGCUACCACUACACGGACAAGUACUAAUAAGAAGAUAAACAAAUGA